ACAGUGCUUGAUAGUCCGUUCCGCCCAGUCAACUAAGUUCUCGCACAGUCGGACCAGCGAGUAAACCGUAAAGCGAAAGGCGUCGUCAGAUUGUGCAUUAGACGUCCGUAGAAACCGCGCAGGUCGUCACGUCAGCUCGUCCGUAUAAACCCCGCAAGCAGGUCGUCAGGUCUCAAGUCGGACCACAGGAGUGUAAGGCUCGGAGAAAUCAGCUUAUAAAGUGGCUCGCUCCUCCCUCUUCAGAAUCUCCAAGGUAGCUAAUUAACCCGCGAUUCUCUUACCAAUCAGCCCGCGGUUCACCUCUCAUUCCGUAGCAUUUCACUCUAGUUUCCUCAUUCUCGCUUCCUCAAAACAGUUAGUUCUCGACAGUAGGUCUUCCUCACGAGUCGUCGACCUUCGAAGGACAGAGCCUAGCUCAGCGCUCCCGGCUAUAGCUAUAACUCAAACGCUUCCGCUCAUCCCGCACCGCUCGUUCCAUUCGCCAUGAAUCUCCACCGCCCCUCCCUACUCCUACUCCUACUCCUCAUCUCCGUCGCGCUUCUUCCGCUUCUCACCUCCUCGCGCAACCUUCCGCCCAAGCAGCAGCCCACAGGCGGAGCGCUUCCGCAAUCCAAGGGGCGGAACGCCACCGCGCCCCCCCGCCAACCCCGCCAAGGCGCAAACGGGACGGCUGCCGCGGGGAACCGGACGAAGGGCGGUCACCCGCACAAGGGGCACCAUCGGGGGAACGGCACCGUGGCGGGGGGACCGAAAAAGGGGAACGGUACUGGCGCCGGGCAGCCGAAGCGUAACGGUAACGGCACGCCAAACAGUUCGCAAACGUCGCCGAAGCCUACGAGUGGGAACCCCAAGAAUGGCGGUCAGAAGAACGGAAACGGUGGUCGCAGCGGCGGCGCGCAGACGAACAAGAAUGGCGGCGGGACGAGCCAGCCAAAGUCGAACGGGCAGCGCCGGCCGAAGCAAAUCGCCGAAGAGGAGAACUGUAGCAGCAAGACCUCUUGGCCCGAGGUGGUUGGAAUGACAGGCGAAAAGGCUCGCGAUUACAUCCAGACGACCAUGCCACAGUGUAACUGGGACGUGCGAAUUAUCCCGAGUAACGGUUUCGCCACGAUGGAUUAUCGCCCAAAUCGCAUUCGCGUUUUCGUCGACAAGCAGGGCGUCGUUCGCGUCCCCCCUAGAAUUGGCUGAUUUCUGUACCCGUUACUACUCUACUCCAGCGGCCUCUCAGCGGUGCUGCUGUGCUCUUAUCGCGUACGAGUUUAGAAGCUGAUUUUUGGUGGCUGAGGUGGCUGCGGACACUGUAGUAUACUGGACGGGGCUCGGACGACUAACCAACUGCUAUUAGGGAGUAAACAGCUGAUGAUGAUGAGAUUACAGCGGAUCAUCCCAAACGGUGAGUAGGGAGAGCUGUGCCUACAUCUCCGUCAGUGGCUGGUGCAGGGGCGCUUGGCCUAUUGGCCUGUUAGCUUGUGUCCUCAUUAUAGAGUGGUUGUAGUGAGACUUAGGAAGUGCACAGGAAGCUUACAACGCGGAUGUCAACUAUACGUAGUAGAAACUCUGGACUAGCACCUAAACCUGUUUGCAAAAUGUCAUAUUUGCUACUUCUAGUCAUUUCAGAUAUUUCCAAUCCGAUU